UUCGAGACAUCGAUACGAGGCAUAUGGCGGCGCCCAGGAAGCAAUAUUCGCAAUAUGUGUUUUAACCAAGAUAUCGCUGGAUAUCGCGUGGUUUUGUUACAUCAUGCGUUUAAUUGAUGUGCAGUAAUGAUGCACGAUGUCACAAUACAAUCAUACUGUCGAUAUAAUAUUGAUAUCAAAAUCGACGCAAAGGCAACUUGCCGAUCUCUCUGUUUAUCGCGGUCGCGUAUCACUCUUUAUUUGAGCGAGUACACGAGUCUAAACCGGUGUUCGAACGCGCGCUAUUUGAUGUUUCAACGAUGAACCUCGAGGACGAGAUAUGGAAAUCGCUGCUCCCAAUAUCCGUCAACGCACUGAUGUCCGUGUGCGCGUACGGUUUGACAGUUCGCCUAAUACCUAGGAUAAAAUCCAUGUUCGUCAAAGCUAACCUCUACGGCUUCGAUAUGAGCAAGAGGAGUGGCGGACAAGUACCAGAGGCGAUAGGCGUUGUCACUGGAUGCGUGUUUCUUGUAACAAUGUUUCUAUUUAUUCCUGUGCCGUUUACAGAUUGUAUAUUUAGGAAUGUUAACUUUCCACACGACAAGUUUGUUGAAUUUCUGGCUGCAUUACUGUCCAUAUGUUGCAUGCUACUUCUGGGUUUUGCCGACGACGUUUUGGAUCUUCGUUGGCGGCACAAACUGCUUCUGCCUACUAUAGCAUCUUUGCCGUUAUUGAUGGUCUACUAUGUUAAUUUUAACUCCACAAUAAUUAUCGUACCAAAGCCAUUGAGAUCAUGGCUUGGAUUCUCCUUAGAUUUAUGGAUUUUCUACUAUGUAUAUAUGGGAAUGUUGGCUGUAUUUUGUACAAACGCUAUAAAUAUAUUAGCCGGAAUAAACGGUUUGGAGGUCGGACAGAGUUUAAUCAUCGCCACGAGCAUUCUUAUCUUCAACGUUAUAGAGUUGUUUGGCAGUCAAUGGAAGGCGCAUCAGUUUUCAAUAUUCUUCAUGCUACCUUAUAUAGCAACAUCUCUAGCAUUAUUCAAAUUUAAUUGGUAUCCAUCGCAGGUUUUCGUGGGCGAUACGUUUUGCUAUCUAUCGGGAAUGACUUUCGCCGUUGUCGGUAUCUUAGGUCACUUCAGCAAAACAACCCUAUUAUUUUUUAUCCCGCAAAUACUCAAUUUCAUAUACAGCGUGCCGCAGUUAUUCCAUCUUGUGCCGUGUCCUAGGCAUAGAUUACCAAGGUACAAUGAAAAGACGGAUAAAUUAGAACCGAGUGUAACUGUAUUUCGCAGAUCAGAACUUAACAUACUUGGAAGAUCACUAAUUUGGAUACUAGAAACAUUAAAAUUGGUAAAGUGGCAAGAAGACAACGGAGGCAUUGUAACCUGCAACAAUCUAACUUUAAUCAAUUUUGUGUUGAUCAAGAGUGGUCCAUUGAGAGAACCAACGCUUACGUCAAUUUUACUGAUAAUUCAGAUUAUCAGCAGCAUGAUGGCAUUUGUUAUAAGAUAUCCUUUGGCUUCCAUAUUUUACGAUGUUUAAAUAAAUGCAAGGCUAUAAAAAUAUAUCAC